AUGGGUCACCAGCAGCUCUACUGGAGCCAUCCAAGGAAAUUCGGCCAGGGUUCUCGUUCUUGCUGUGUUUGCUCAAACCUCCACGGUCUGAUCCGGAAAUAUGGCCUCAACCGGUGCCGCCAGUGUUUCGGUCAGUAUGCGAACGACAUAGGAUUCAUUAAGUUGGACUAA